AUGGAUCGCGGUCUAGACGAAAUCAUUGCCGAGACUCGCUCCAGCGGACCCCGUGGUGGUCGGCGUGGCGGCGGCGGCGGUGGUCGCCAUCGCGAGCGUCACGAAGGUCCCCGAGACGGCAUCAGAAAGUCCUACCGUGACGAGUCUAGAAAUCUCGACAGCGAAUGGGUGCACGACCGAUACGAUGACAACAGCAGCAACAGUAAAGACGCCCGACAUCAACUUUUUCCUUAUCCUCAGCGCCAUGACUUACCCUCCUCUGACAAUGCCAAGGGAACGAAGAUCCGCGUCGAAAACAUUCACUACGACCUAGGUCAAGAAGACAUUGAUGAACUCUUCCGCCGAAUCGGUCCCGUAUCCAAGAUCCAGCUUCGCUAUGAUCGAGCCGGCCGCUCGGAAGGAACUGCCUACGUGACCUAUGAGUCCAAGGAAGAUGCAUUGGACGCCAUCAGGCAGUUUGACGGGGCCAAUGCCAACGGUAUACACACACAUACCUUUCCUCUCUUUGCAAAACACCCUAUAACUGACCGCACACCCCCAGGCCAACCUAUCCGCCUGACCCUCGUCUCCGGCCGCUCUCGCAACCCCUUUGACACGGCCGUUAUGCCCGGCCGCCCCUUGUCCGAGAGGAUCUCGGCCCCCGGAAACGGCAGUCGUGCGCGCUCCUACUCUCCCCCCGGGGUCAGGUAUACUCAGGAGGAGGCCGUCCGCAAGGGUAUCGACAGGUACAUACCCGGCCAAGGCGGCGGUCGGUCGAGGACCCCCCCUCCCUCUAGGAAGAGGGGUGGCGCCGGUAGUGGUGGCGUCGGCGGCGGUGCUGGACGCCGUCCCGGUGCUAGGAGGGAGAGGACCGAACAGGACAGCAACGGCGGUGGCCGCCGAGGUGGAAACGGGAACAACCCCCGCCCCAAGAAGACCCAGGAGGAACUCGACGCCGAAAUGGAGGACUACUUUGCCGGUGAUGGCGAUGCUGCUGCCGCUGCCCCCCAGAAACAGGCUCCGGCUGACACUUCCGCUCCCGCUGCUGCCCCUCCUGCUGGCGACGAUGUCGACAUGAUUGAGUAG